AUGCUGGUCAAGGAAAGACUGAUGGUUAUGGAGAAUACUUUGGGGUUUGGACAUAUUUCGCACGCUCGACAGUUACUGGAGACCGUAUGGGCGGAUGAGGCUGAAAGGAAUUGGGCAAGGGUGAGAUAUAGCCUGUUCCCCGGGAUGGUGUUUGUCGAUCUGUCGAUGAACUCCACCCAAUACUAUGCGAAUGUCAUGGGCCUUCAGGAUGAUCUACAUAUGAGUGGAAACGACUUUUCAUGGUUGGCAACGGCGUUCUUCCUGGCGUAUGCUGUUGCCGAAAUCCCCCAGGGCAUUCUCCUCCAGAGAUUUCCUAUCACAAAGGUGCUUGGGGUCAAUGUAUUUCUCUGGGGUGUGAUUCUGUGUUGUUCAGCAGCCGCACAGAAUUUUGCUGGCAUGAUAGCGUUGCGUGUUUUGCUCGGAAUGCUGGAGGCUGUUAUUGCACCGGCCCUUACCAUGUACACGAGCAUGUGGUACACUCGCGCCGAGUCCACACCGAGAUAUGGCUUCUGGUACUGCGGCUUAGGCAUGGGCCAGAUCGUUGGAGGGUUGAUUUCGUUCGCUGCUCAGCACGCACCCCCGAAUAUGUCCUUCCAUGGGUGGCGUAUCAUGUUCGUCGUGAUAGGCGUGGUUAACGUAGUCGCUUCUAUAUUGGUCUUGUUUGUCCUACCGGAAAAUGUUGAGAAAGCCAAGUUCCUCAGUCAAACGGAGCGCGACCGAAUUGCACAACGUCUUCGAGAUGACCAAGCUGGAGUCGGCCAGAAAGUCUUUCGCUGGGGCUCGGUAAUGGAAGCAUUUGGUGACCUGCAAAGCUGGCUUCUCGUCGUCCUGACUAUUUUGAUUACCAUUCCCAGCGGUGUUAUUACCACCUUCUCGUCCAUCCUGAUCAAAGACUUCGGAUAUACGUCGAAGCAAAGUGCGUUGCUCAAUAUGCCCUCGGGGGUAGUUAGUAUUGCGGCGACGACUCUUUCUACAUGGGCUAUCGCUCGUGGGUUCUCGCGAUGGCUGGCUAUUGAUGUAUUGUUAAUUCCGACGUUGCUGGGUUCGUGCUUAAUGUCGUUCCUACCCAGGAGUAACCAGGCAGGAUGCUUGGUGGGCAUUUACAUGGUCAAUACGACUGUGGCUCCAUUGGCACUGAUUUUCGCUUGGACCGGAGCAAACUUCAAAGGGUACACUAUGAAGGUCACCGGCAGUUCUCUUGUCUCCGCCGCAUUCAGCAUUGCUAAUGUUAUUGGUCCCCAAACCUUCCAAGCGAAGGAUGCCCCUGCGUAUAUACCGGCCAAAAUCACGAUUGUGGCGGUCAACGCCGGUGCAAUUGUGGUAUCCAGUGCCCUCCGCAUUGUUUAUGGACGACGGAAUGCGAGAGCCGAUCGUCUGGGAACCCCGGCGAGAAGUCGCAUGGAGGGGAAAUUGGCUAACGGAAGGAUGGCAGAGGAAGACGUGCAGGACGACGUGAACUUUCGAUAUGUGUAUUAG